UCAAGCACAAAAAUCCAUAAAAACAUCAAAAUCUGUUCCAAAAUCCAACAUUUUUUCAUGAAAAAAAAUUAAAAUCAUCAACCAAGGAAUUUUCACGGAACAUUUUCAACUAACCGGUGUCCUUCAAAAUAAUUUUUCGCUUAAAAAUUCUUCAAGUGUGGAUGAAAAAAAAUGUUGCACAACGAAAACCCGUCAGAAAUGUCUUAAAAAUCGACAUUCCAGUUGCCGGCAACACUCAUCUGGUAACAUCUGUGAGAAAUUCUCUCUCCGAAAAAAAUUUCGACUGCAGCGAAAAAAAUUCAUUUGCGAGAGACUUUUACGAGAAAAACGCGGAGAAAAUUGGAUUUUCAUCUUAGUUGAGUUUGGGACGUCGUUCAGAUCGCAUCGAAUUUGCAUCGACGUGAAUUUUUGAACAGUGAAAAAUUAAAAAUAAAUUUUUUUUUUUGAAAAAUGGCUGAUGUCGUGUCUGCGCCCGUGAGAAAAUGCGUGGAAGUAUUGAAUGCAGCGCAAAGCGAUACGGAGAAAUUCGCUGCUUUAUUUUUAGUGACGAAGCUCGUAAAGGCCAAAGAGUGCACGGCGGCGUCAAAAAAGGCCUUAUUUGAGGCAAUCGGGUUCAAUUUUCUCAAACGCCUGUUGGAAAGCGAUAAUGUGCCCGACGAUUGUCCCCCCAUCAUGUACAAGAGUGUCGCUCUCUCGAUUUUGACGUGUUUCUGCGAAGACGAGCAAGUUGCGACGCAUCCCACGAUGCUCGAAAAUAUCCCAGUUUUUCUGUCGAUUGUCGAAAAUGCCGAUGACGAAGAUUUCGACGAUAAUUUAAUGGUUGUUAGUGAGGCUUAUAAAUGUUUGCAGGGCAUCGCAAGCUUCGAGCCGGGACAACAAGCCUUGCUGAGUUUGGGUGCUAUCGAGAAAAUGGCACAAAUUUACUCGCAACAAUCGUUCAUCACGGACGAGGCAUUGCACAUUCUCGUAACGCUCGUUGCACGCUACGGACCUACGGUGUGGGGCAAUGACCCCAAAACAUUCAACGGUCUCAUUCAGAAAAUAGCACUCGACUUUGAAACGGAUCACGGUGAACGAAAAUUCGAUUUAGCGGGGAUUUUGAGCGCUUUGUUCCAUGGGUGUCGACGCGAUCAAGUCGCUCGCACGUGCGUCGAUUACAUUUGGCCUGAAAGUUUGUAUAAGGGACUUACGGAUAUUUUGAAGAGCAAAAUUGGGAAGCAACAACGCGAUCCAGCCUUGAAACUCGCAGCUGCUGUCGUUGAUGUCAUCGGCAUUGAAUGGACCUUGAACGACGCCGAGAAUCCAAAACAAUUUUUCAUCUUGCUUUUGCAGUUGGCUGCCAUUGAGGUACGAAUGCAAAUGGAUAACAAGAGUUUCCAACAAACUUUCGGCAAUGCUGAGUUACUUGUGGCUUGUUUCAUCAUCCUUGAACUCUCAAUUAACUUUAUGUCGACUGACACCUUGGAUUUGGAGCAAAAAGAGAAGCAACAAAUCUACACGGGACUCAAAGGAGCCUUCAAUGGGGUCGUUUCCGUCCUCACGAAACUCUCCAAGGACAAAAAUUGCGAAAAACUCCCAGCCAAAGAGAAGGCUUUUGCAUGUGCCUGUGUUCGUGUACUCGCCGCAUGGAUGGCGCAAGAACCCUCGAUGCUAAAAUCCGACGUUUUUGCCUUGCUGCCGUUCAUGUUCAAGCUGGCGAACGAAUCUUUCAACGAAAGCAAGAAUUAUCGCAUCAAACACAAGUACGACAAGGAAUACAGUGGCGAAGCUCCCGCGGAUCUCUUACGAGUUCUACUUCCCUCGAUGUGUCACUUGGUCGUUGAAGAAGCCUCUCGCACGAUUUUCCUCAAACACAAGCAAGAAGAAGUCCUCGCCGAUUGUCUCUUGUUCCAUUGGACCAUUGCGCAUUACAAAAAACCUCCCGUGCCUCGUGCUGAACGCCUCAAACGCAUGAAUGAACCGCCUCCAGAACUCACGCCCGAACAACUUGACGAGAUGAAGGAUUCGCGUGCAGCGAUCGUUAGUUUGUGCAACAUUUUCAUGAACAUUACGGUGCUUGAGCCGAAAUUGAUUGAUGAGAGUGACUGUUUUGCCAAUUUGCUGCGAUUUAUCUUUAAUAAUUUGCCAGAGUUGAAAAAUACGUCGGAUAAUCUCGUCAUGUAUGGGCAUCUGGCGAUUUUGGGAUUGCUGAUGUUGAAACAGAGGUCGACGAAAGUCGAACAUGAUGAUUACUCCAUUUGUCGGUACAUGUCCUCGACAAUCAGGUUUUUGUGGGAUGCCUAUACCGUGGAUGAGUCAAAUGAUCCGACAGCGUUGAAUGUUAAUAUGUCGUAUCGCGAGCAUUGGAGCGAGAUUCAAGAGUUGUGGUUUUUGGGUAUGCAAACAAUGUGCGCCGUAAUAAAACUGAUUCCAUGGAUUUCCGAGUUUGCCAUCGAAAGUGGUUGGGCCGAAGGUAUCAUCGAGACGCUAAAACGCGUGAGAAUAGGAGCCUUGCCAGCCAACAUCAAGCCCGUGUACGAAGACUUUUUGGGCGAACUCGUGGAUGCCAACAAAAAUGUCGCCGCAGUCCUCAAGAAGGCAGAUGCCCUCAAAGUUUGUCGCAAUCACCGAAUGAUGGAAUUGGGCAAAAAAUUAUUCGGCGACUAAAAAUAGCAGAAAAUGAGUCAAUUUUUUGCGCAUAAUAGCAACAACAACAGACAUCAUCAUCAUCUACAUUCAUUCUUAAUUUUUUUUUUCAUGUCUCACGUAAAUUUUUUUUUUUUUUUUUGCAUGACGAUGGAGAAAUUUUUGUACUUUUUUUUUAAUGUGUCAAAUUUUUCACAGUUGAAAUUAUAUUUUAAGGAAUUUGUGCCCAAAACACACAAAUUAAUGAGAUAUCUGAACUAUUAACACAUUUUUCGCGUUUGUUUGUUUGUUCAAUAACCAUCUAUUGUAAAAUUUUCUUUGUGAAUAUCAUUAAAAACAAUAAAUAUUUAUAUAUGCGAAAG